AUGAUGGCCGCACGCUAUCUUCAAGAAAGUCGUAGUGUUUUGGUUGUUAAUACUAAUGAUGGUAAUUCCAUGGCAGAUGAAGAAUUUUAUAGACAUAUCUCACAAUUACCAAUAGUCAUCGUUCCUGGUACUCAGAACAAUUAUCUGUACAGUUAUACUGAAACUGGAAUGCCAGUUCUCAAUCUCGUUCAGGGUAUACGUGCAAUCCCAGCCGAGCGGCAGGCAAUUAUUAUAUCAAAGAUAAUGAGUACAGUCCACUCAGUGGCUGGAGAAAGUUCUCUAGUAGCUGUGUCAACAUCUGAGGCACUCACACGUGCUCAGGUAAUUGCUGGUAAAGUAGCUCCAAUAGCCAUUGUGGGUGUUCAGUUAUCAUGGGAAGCUUUAAAGAGUAUUCGUUCAUGGUGGCAAGGGAAAAUAACUGGUAAACGAUGUGCAAAGCAAAUUAUUGACGCGAGUGCAGGGAUACUUGGUGGUUAUGCUGGUGGAGCUGCGGGAAUGGCGCUUGGUACAGCUAUAUUACCUGGUUAUGGUACGUUGUGCGGUGCUGUCGUUGGAGGUUUUGCUGGUUCUGUCGGUGCUUCAGCAUUGAUGCAAUGGUUGACAGAAUAUUUCUUUGAUGUACCGAAAAGUGUUUCAGUAGAAAAUGCUUACAAUUUUUUGACCUUGCCACUGUCCUGUUCGAAUGAUGAAAUUAAUAGAAGAUAUCGAACAUUGGCGCUUCAAUAUCAUCCAGACAAAGGUGGAAAUGCUGCGGAUUUCCACAAAUUGCAAAUUUCAGUAGCGAUAAUUAAACAAGCACGUGGACAGUACAUCUCACGUCAUUUAGAUCGCCUUGAAUAUGUAAAUUGCUUACCAUUAAAUACGCCAAUGCUCACGGAAGAACACAAAGAGCGUCGAAUUGAAUGGGCCAAACAAUAUUUAAAUGACGAUUGGAAAGCUGCAAUAUUUACCGAUGAAAGUUCAUUUCAAUUGUUUAGAAAUACAAUUCGUCGCUGGUCAAAAUGA